UAAACCAAACAAUUUCUAUUAAUAACCCAUAAUAAAUCACACAGUCAAUUUAAAACAGCUUUAAAUCACACGACAUAGAAACUGUCAAUUUAUUUAUCUUUAAUCUGUUGUUCUUAGAUUAACAAGAUUGAUGACCACCUUUCAUCAACACACAAAGCCCCACAUUGUCGCCGCUUGGCGUGUUUGUUAUUUCGGACCUCACGAAGCUACCUAAUGUGGGUUAAUAAAUGAAAAUACCAGGCCAGAUAAGCAUAGACAAGCAAAAGCUCGGGGCCGUUCGAUCUAAUGUUUUAACUUGUAGCGCAUGCACCUACGACUUCGGCGAAGGCGGUAUUAGACCACUUUCGAUAGUCCGUCCAGAUACCCGCCACGACUGUCACUUUCUCUCCAAGUCGUUUGAAAAGAGGAGGUUCUUUCAAGCUCUACACUCAAAGGAGGGGUUGUUUCGUUCGGGCAAACGGUUCUUCUCUAAAACCCAUCAAGUCUUCUUUAGACUUCUAACUGCAAAGAGUUUUCAUUGUGUUUGAAGAAGUUAUAGAUUUUCGUCGAAUUUGAAGACGACGGUUGAUUUUAGUAUUCCGCGGUGUGCGGUUUGUGGUGCUAUGAACUGGAUGUUGAAUGUGCUUUCAAUUGUUAUUGUUGUUUUUUCGAUGUCUACGGCUCAAGUACUAGAAUGCGGAAGAAAUGUGAGACGUUCCCGACAGCCUCGGCAAACAACACUGGGUCACGGUCGCAUCAUCAAUGGGAAGAGAAGCGUUCGAGGAGCAUGGCCUUGGCAGGUUUCGUUGCAACUCCUCCAUCCACAGUUUGGAUUUCUAGGUCACUGGUGCGGAGGCGUUCUCAUCUCGCCCGAAUGGAUCUUAACGGCAGCACACUGUAUUAGCAAUGAUUUAUUUAAUUUACCUCUUGCUGCAUUAUGGACUGCCGUGUUAGGUGAAUACGAUCACGACCAAGAAGAAAACACCGAGCAAAGAAUUCCCGUUGACAAAAUCGUUUUACAUGAAAGAUUUCAUAAUUUUCAACAUGACAUAGCGUUAAUGAAAUUAUCAACACCUGUAAAACUAACAGGAAAUCGAGUACGGUCCAUUUGUUUGCCUACUAAAAGAUUAUCUUAUAACGAAACCGAUUUGUGUAUAGCUACAGGUUGGGGAAGAGCUAAAGAAGAUGGAAAAUUAGCUGGAAAACUUUUAGAGGUAAAAAUUCCCGUACAUGAUAAUGCAGUUUGUAAGAAAAAAUAUGAACAUGCUGUUCCAAUACGAUCUGGACAUUUAUGUGCUGGCCAUUUAGAUGGAUCUUCAGGUACAUGCGUUGGAGAUUCUGGAGGUCCUCUUCAAUGUGCAUUAAGUGAUGGGAGAUGGUUUUUAGCUGGGAUUACUUCAUUUGGAUCAGGAUGUGCUAAACCAGGAUUUCCUGACGUUUACACAAGAUUAUCUUAUUAUUUACCGUGGAUAAAGACAAAAAUGAAAGUUAAACCCCCGAAAAAGUAGAAUAUUUAGAUUAUAUCAUUGUAUAUAUUGUAAAUAUUACUGUAAAAUAAACUCUCAAUUAAAUCAA